ACUGGGCCUCGAAUAAUGGGGAAAUUCGGAUAAGAUAAUCAAAUCUCUUUUCAUUUUAUGCCAUAGGAAUCAAUGAUGAAUGCCACCGCUUCCAUUUCUACUCUCCUCAUCUUCUUCACGUUAACCACUUCAAUUUUGGUAUCAGCUACAGAGAAACCCAAUUCAACUGACCCAGCCCCAACCCCAACCCCAACCCCAUGGCCCCUUCAGUUCCACUCCAUCCUCUUUGCGAACUACAGCGGCUCACUCAGCCUAAUCGACCUUUGGUACGAUUGGCCCAACGGCCGAAACUUCAACAUUAUCCAGGACCAGUUGGGGAAGCUCCUAUAUGACGCCGAGUGGAACAAUGGCACAUCUUUCUUCUACACACUCGACUCGAACGAGGAAUGUCGCUCAAUCCGGCUGGAGGUUGGGAUUCUCCGACCCAAUUGGCUCGACGGAGCCACCUAUCUCGGCCAGGAAUAUGUUGACGGAUUCUUGUGUAAUGUCUGGGAGAAGGUCGAAUUCAUUUGGUAUUAUGAGGACGUUGUUACCAAGCGGCCAGUCCAUUGGGUUUUCUAUACUGGAAGAUCUAUUCACGUAAUGACAUUUGAAGUCGGAGCUGUGCUCGAGGAUGCAAAGUGGCAGGCACCUGUAUAUUGUUUUGAGAAAAAGGGCAUUAAAACUGGCUACAACGCAGUGGAUGAUAAUUUCCUGAAACCCCAGUUGGAAGGUGUUCUUAAAGGGUCAAUGCAGCUAUAGAUUAUCACUUAUUUAGGUAUCCCAUUCAGCUAGUUUCUUCUCCAAGAACUCGACCAUGUAGCUAAUUUCCACCUGCCUUUUGUAAUUUGCUUCAAUAAAGGAGGCUUUAUCCAAGAUAUACGUAUUUACAACU